AUGUUAAGAUCAAUAAGUAAAAACUCAAGUAGUUUAAAAUCAAUUUCACAGUUCAAAAACUUUAGUGUUUCAACAGUUGCAUUAAAUGGUACAAGAGUUGAAACUGAUGCUUUUGGUGAAAUUGAUGUUCCAAAUGAUAAAUAUUAUGGUGCUCAAACCGCUAGAUCCAAAAUGAAUUUCAAAAUUGGUGGUCCAGCUGCUCGUAUGCCAACUCCAGUUGUCAGAGCUUUUGGUAUAUUAAAAAAAUCAACUGCAAAAGUUAAUGAAGAGUUAGGUCAAUUAGAUCCGAAAUUAUCCAAAGCUAUUCAACAAGCUGCUACAGAAGUUUCUGAAGGUAAAUUAGAUGAACAUUUUCCUUUAGUGGUUUUUCAAACCGGUUCAGGUACUCAAUCUAAUAUGAAUGCUAAUGAAGUUAUAUCAAAUAGAGCUAUUGAAAUUUUAGGUGGAGAGUUGGGAUCAAAAAAACCAGUGCAUCCAAAUGAUCAUUGUAAUAUGUCACAAUCAUCAAAUGAUACUUUCCCAACUGUUAUGCAUAUUGCAGCUGUGACAGAAAUUAAUAAUUCAUUAAUUCCAGAAUUGACUAAAUUACGUGAUUCAUUACAAGCAAAAUCUGAUGAAUUUAGUGAUAUAAUUAAAAUUGGUAGAACUCAUUUACAAGAUGCAACUCCAUUAACUUUAGGUCAAGAAUUUUCGGGUUAUGCACAACAAAUUACCAAUGGUAUUGAAAGAAUUGAAAAAGCUUUACCAAAUUUGUUAUAUUUAGCUCAAGGUGGUACUGCUGUUGGUACAGGUCUUAACACUAAAAAAGGUUGGGAUGUUAAAGUUGCUGAAACUGUUUCAGAAAUUACUGGAUUUCCAUUUAAAACCGCACCAAAUAAAUUUGAAGCGUUAGCUGCACAUGAUGCAAUUGUUGAAGCUUCAGGUGCUUUAAACACUAUUGCCGCUUCAUUAUUCAAAAUCGCAAAUGAUAUUAGAUACUUAGGUUCUGGACCAAGAUGUGGUUAUGGUGAAUUAUCAUUACCAGAAAAUGAACCAGGUUCAUCAAUUAUGCCUGGUAAAGUAAAUCCUACUCAAAAUGAAGCUUUAACUAUGGUUGCUUGUCAAGUAUUUGGUAAUAAUGCUGCUAUAACUUUUGCAGGUGCUUCAGGUCAAUUUGAAUUGAAUGUUUUUAAACCAGUAAUGAUCGCUAAUUUAUUAUCAUCUAUAAGAUUAAUUGCUGAUGGGGCUGCUUCUUUUAGAGAACAUUGUGUUGACGGAAUUGUUGCAAAUAAAGAUAAAAUUGAAAAAUUAUUACAUGAAUCAUUAAUGUUGGUUACUGCUUUAAAUCCAUAUAUUGGUUAUGAUAUGGCUUCAAAAGUUGCUAAAAAUGCUCAUAAAAAAGGUUUAACUUUAAAACAAUCAGCUUUAGAACUUGGUGCUUUAAGUGAAGAAGAUUUUGAUAAAUAUGUUGUACCAGCUGAUAUGAUUGGACCAAAAUAA